AGGGAAGUCUUUCCCCACCCCCCCUCCUCACUUUUACAAAAAAAGGGGGGGGCCUGCGAGAAAAGCCUCUGUUGGGAAAGUGCGUGCGGAGAGGGAGGCUCGGCGGCGGCGGGGAGCGCAUCGGGCUGCGGGGCUGGGGGCAGCCCCGGCGGCAGCCCCGGCAGCGCGGCACGGGAGGCGGAGGAGGAGGAGGAGAGUAGGAGGAGCUGCCGUGUGACCCGCACCGCUCCCAAACUUGAAAGUUUAUCUGCCCGAAAUCAAGAGCGGCCGCGGUGUGCGCAGCGCUCCUCGGCACGGAGCGGAGCCAGCGACCGGCGGACCCGCCGCGCAGGGAGCGGCUGCCGGAGCCUCUGCGAACGAGGCAAGGCAGGGGAGGGGGGAUUACCCCAGCGACAGCAACAGCCACCCCCCACCCCCCAAAACUGGGAGAGGAUCCAUGCUAUUUGCUGGAGACCAAGGACUUGCUCAUCGGCGCACACGCGAGCCCGCUGUCAUUAGCUAAAAGGACACAAGGCUGAGCCGGGGGGAGGGUAGGUGGGCGGAAGGGUGAGGAGUGUCACAAAAAGUCAUUACAACCUGAGAGAGAGGGGGAAGAAAGAAAAAAAAAACUUCCUACCAAUGGACAACAGGAAGUGACCACCACCACCAACGGGGAGUCUCUGCUUGGAGAAAGAAGCUGCAAGACAAAGAAGAAGGAAGGAGAGGUGAAAGACAAAACUGCCCAAGGUCUUCUGCGUUUGCGUGCGUGCGCUUUCGAGAGAGUCAACAGAACAAAAGUCAGCAGGGAAGGGGAGACAGAAAGAGCGACGGGAAAGGAGACAGGAUGGAGGAAGAGCUAAAGACAAGCAUGUGAAGACCAAGGGGAAAGAGCAGAGCAACGCCGAAAAAGAAAGCACACUGAAAAGAAAGAGAAAAAGAAAAGGCUUACACAAAAGUUUCUUUUCCUCCUGGGAAGAAAUUACUCACACGCACACAGAAAUCAGAUGCCUCAGAUGCCUUGCAGCUCAACUUCUGGGGAAAGGGAGACCGAGAGAGAAGAGAACGCAGAGUGAUGUGAAGAAAGGGGGGGUGGGGGAAGCCCGAAAGAAAGCAAAGCAAAAGAAACUGAGAGACAGGGGGAAGAAAGAAGGACGGACAGAAAAGCGAAGAUCGUGACCUUUCCCAACAAGUGAACCUUGCACAUAUGUUGUGUAAAGUGUGUGCAAAACAGAUUCCCUUCUGCGUGGUGCGUGUGUGCUUCGCUGCUGCUGCUGCUGCUGCUGCCACCGCCGCCGCCGCUGCCGCCGCCGCGGUCGGUGCCUCUCGCAGGCGGCGCUGCCGGCGCCGUGGAGACGCAUCAUUUGGCGGAGCGAAGCGGCUAAUUGCGGAGCCCCGUCCUUCAUUUACAUAUGCAGCCUGAGUCCGCUGGAGCCGCGCCAAUCCGCGCUCGCCCCCAGCACCAUUAAUCGCCAUGCAUUAUUCACAACCAUAAUUACUGAGCCCCAUGCGCGCUGCGCGCAGCCGCCCCAGCCCGCCGCCCCGCGCACACCCCGCCGCUCCGCGCACACCCCGCCCGGCUCAUCCCCCGCUCGCUCACCCGCGCACCCGCGCACUCAUUCACUCACUCCCAGUUUGGCUGGCUGGUUAGCCUUGCCUUUUUUUUUUUUUCCCCGUGGUGUUUGUUGCCUUUUCUGUUGUUUGUUUGGUUUGUUUUGCAACUCGACUUUUAUUUGUGAACAGUUAUUUCCAACCCCCAGCCCUCCUUCCCUCGUUCCCAAUUCCUCCCCCCUCUCCUUUCCACCUCCACGUCGCUGAUGCCUCUGCAAAAAGCAGAGUCAAGACGGCUCAGUUAGCAGCAUGUCUCGUCGAAAGCAAGCGAAACCUCAGCAUCUCAGGUCGGACGAAGAGCUGCAAGCGGAGGUAGUUUCUGAGCACGCAGUCCCAGGAGAAGGAGCAGAUGAUGGUGAUAGUGGGAAUGAGAGCAGGAGUGGAAGUGAAGAAACCAACGUCUGUGAGAAAUGCUGCGCUGAGUUCUUCAAGUGGACGGACUUCCUGGAGCAUAAGAAGAGCUGCACUAAAAACCCCCUGGUGCUGAUUGUUAACGAAGAUGAAGCAGCUCCACCCCCUGCUGAGGAAUUCCCUGAGCCCUCGCCCGCGAGCUCUCCUAGUGACCAAGCAGAGAGUGAAGCUGCUGAAGAAGGCGUCCAGGUAGAAAGCAAUGAUAGCUCUGAGAUAAAAAACACGGAAAAGGAAGAAGAGCCAAUGGAGGUAGAAACUUCUGCAGAGAAGAGUUUCCAGAAUCAAGGCACCUCAAACACAGCUACUCCUCUACCUCAGAUCCCUGAAUCAUCUUCCAUGACAAGCUAUAACAUGCCAAACACCAAUGUCACACUAGAGACUCUGCUGAGCACUAAAGUGGCAGUUGCGCAGUUUUCGCAGAGUGCACGGACCACUGCUUCUGCGAGCAUCAGCAGCGGGGUGACGGCUGUGGCCAUCCCCAUGAUUCUGGAGCAGCUCAUGGCCCUUCAGCAGCAGCAGAUUCACCAGCUUCAGCUCAUCGAGCAGAUCCGCAGUCAAGUGGCAAUGAUGAACCGCCAGCCGUUACGACCAUCCCUCAACCAGAUCGUGGCCGCCCAGGGUGGUCCCGGGCAGGCAUCCAACCAGCUGCAGGGGUUUGCCACCAGCGCUGCCGUCCAGCUCACCGCAGUCAUUCCUUCCGCCAUCGUGGGGCAGGCUGCCAGCAGUCAGCCCACUGCCUUUGACGGCUCUCAGCACAUCUCAAGACCUACAUCUGGAGCGAGUACACCCAAUAUAUCCAGCAGUGGCUCUUCUGCUCUGCCUGAAUCAGGUGUACCUUCCUCCUCAAACGCAAUUACGUCCAUAACUCCCGUUCCUGUGUCAAAUGCUCCGAACAGUGCUUCGCAGCCCCAGAAUGCUUCGACUCCACCUUCAAUAGGACAUGGAAGCCUCACCUCAGUGUCCAGCCUGCCAAACCCACUUCUACCUCAGACUUCAUCAAAUAGUGUGAUUUUCCCCAAUCCGCUGGUUAGCAUUGCUGCAACAGCUAACGCCCUCGAUCCUCUGUCUGCCCUUAUGAAGCACCGCAAAGGAAAGCCACCAAAUGUGUCAGUGUUUGAACCCAAGUCAAGCUCCGAAGAUCCCUUUUUUAAACACAAAUGCCGAUUUUGUGCCAAGGUCUUUGGAAGUGACAGUGCUUUACAAAUUCACCUCCGCUCGCAUACAGGUGAAAGACCUUUUAAGUGUAACAUAUGCGGAAACCGCUUUUCCACGAAGGGCAACCUGAAAGUUCAUUUUCAGAGACAUAAAGAGAAAUACCCUCAUAUUCAGAUGAACCCUUAUCCUGUUCCAGAAUACCUCGAUAAUGUGCCCACCUGCUCUGGAAUCCCAUAUGGGAUGUCUCUGCCCCCCGAAAAGCCGGUCACAACAUGGUUAGACAGCAAACCUGUUUUACCAACAGUCCCAACUUCCAUUGGGCUCCAGCUGCCCCCCACUAUACCUGGUGUGAACAGUUACGGAGAUUCUCCGAGUAUCACUCCUAUGAGCAGGUCACCCCAGAGGCCUUCUCCUGCUUCCAGCGAAUGCACUUCUCUAUCCCCCAGCCUCAACACUUCUGAGUCAGGGGUUCCAGCAUCUGCUGAAUCCCCACAGCCUGUUCAGAGUGGCUCAUCUCUGACCAAGACAGAACCUGUCACUCUGCCUCCCACGAGCACACGGCUCGGGGACCUUUCUGCAGGUGGGCAAGUUUCUGCAGCUUCCACGUCUUCAAUUCCUACUGCUGUUACAGACAGCAGCGUUGCAACAAGCCUCCCAAACCCUGUGCUUCCAGUAGUGUCUGACCAGUUUAAGGCAAAGUUUCCAUUUGGUGGUCUGCUAGACUCUAUGCAAACGUCAGAAACCUCAAAACUGCAACAGCUAGUGGAGAACAUUGAUAAGAAGAUGACAGAUCCAAAUCAAUGCGUCAUUUGUCACCGUGUGCUUAGUUGUCAGAGUGCUCUCAAGAUGCAUUACAGAACACAUACAGGAGAAAGACCAUUUAAAUGCAAAAUUUGUGGACGUGCCUUUACUACAAAAGGCAAUCUAAAAACACAUUUUGGAGUUCAUCGAGCGAAGCCACCACUUAGAGUACAGCACUCGUGUCCCAUUUGUCAGAAGAAAUUUACAAAUGCGGUUGUUCUUCAGCAGCACAUUCGUAUGCAUAUGGGUGGGCAAAUUCCAAACACGCCACUACCAGAGGGCUUCCAGGACGCCAUGGACUCAGAGCUUUCCUACGAUGAAAAGAAUGUUGACACACUGAGCAACUUCGAUGAUGACAUUGAUGAAAAUUCUAUGGAAGAGGACCCAGAACUAAAGGACACAGCAAGUGACUCAUCCAAGCCCCUUAUCUCUUACUCUGGGUCAUGCCCUUCUUCACCACCUUCUGUGAUCUCUAGUAUUGCUGCUUUGGAGAAUCAAAUGAAAAUGAUUGAUUCUGUCAUGAACUGUCAGCAGCUGACCAGUUUAAAAUCCAUAGAAAAUGGAUCAGGGGAAAGUGACCAUUUGAGCAAUGACUCCUCAUCUGCCGUUGGUGAUCUCGAAAGCCAGAGUGCAGGCAGCCCUGCAAUGUCAGAAUCUUCUUCCUCCAUGCAGGCUUUGUCUCCUGUAAAUAGCAAUAGUGAAAGUUUCAGAUCAAAGUCCCCUGGUCUCAGUAACCAGGAAGAGCCACAAGAAAUACAACUAAAGACAGAAAAACCAGACAGUCCACUGCCCACAACUGAAAAUGGAGGCGCAUUAGAUCUGACAUCCACCAACCCAGGAAGACCGGUCAUCAAAGAGGAGGCUCCUUUUAGUCUGCUGUUCCUGAACAGAGAACGUGGUCCCAGCCAAAGUACUCCUAGCCUGGUCACCAGUACAGCACCUACCAUGAUCAAAAUGGAAGUGAAUGGUCACAGCAAGCCGAUCUCUUUGGGUGAGGUUCCCUCGCUUCCAGCUGGAAUCCAGGUUCCUGCUGCACCACAGACAGUGAUGAGUCCGGGGAUCACCCCUAUGCUGGCGCCCCCCCCUCGCCGGACUCCCAAGCAGCACAACUGUCAGUCGUGCGGGAAGACCUUCUCCUCAGCAAGUGCACUGCAGAUACACGAGCGCACCCAUACCGGUGAAAAACCGUUUGGUUGCACAAUCUGUGGUAGAGCUUUUACCACAAAGGGGAAUCUUAAGGUGCACAUGGGGACUCACAUGUGGAAUAACGCCCCUGCACGCCGCGGCCGCCGCCUCUCUGUGGAAAACCCCAUGGCUUUGCUUGGUGGCGAUGCACUCAAGUUCUCCGAGAUGUUCCAGAAGGAUUUGGCAGCUCGGGCCAUGAAUGUUGACCCCAAUUUUUGGAACCAAUAUGCUGCAGCUAUCACUAACGGACUUGCUAUGAAGAACAAUGAGAUUUCUGUCAUACAGAACGGAGGCAUUCCUCAGCUCCCAGUAAGUCUAGGCGGAGGCGCCAUCCCACCUCUAAGUAACCUUACCGGUGGCAUGGACAAAUCUCGCACGGGCAGCAGCCCUCCCAUUGUCAGUCUGGACAAAGCAAGUUCUGAAACGGGAGCCAGUCGUCCAUUCACCAGAUUUAUUGAGGAUAAUAAAGAGAUUGGCAUAAAUUAAAAGCAUUCAUUCUGAGUAACUGUUGGACCACUACUCUACACAACACUUGUCCUGUUCCAUGUACAGCUUUUGAAGUUAAGCAUUAGUUUUCUGACCUAAAUGCAUAGGUUCCCUUUAAAGUUUUACCCAUAGCAGAAAUACAUAACUCUAUGGCUGCUGAAAAGUUGUCUUGCAAGAUCUGCAUGGUACUUCUUUCAACAGUGAGUUUGACUGUUACUGAGAACUUUGAAACCUUUUAAUUUAACAGAAAACAAACAAACCAGUCACAGGAUAACUUCAUUAGAAACAGAAAGAGGCUAGUCUAUAUCCACUUCGCUUCUUACAAAACUUACUAUUACCUGAGAAAGGGGGGCUUCGUUACAGCAUUCUGUCACACUUAUUUGCUGGUUUUGUUCAAAUUAGUUAGAAACUUGGACUAUGUUUUUAGGAAUCUUAAUCUUAAAUAAGUGAUUUAGUACCCCAAUGCUGUGUAUUAUUACAGUAUCCUUGUCUGUAGUAUUUAUAAUGUUAAGAUUAUGCGGGUAACAGACAAUAUACUAGCCCCAAACUUAAAUGAAGCUUUUGUACUGCAAAAUACAUCUGGCUAUGUGAUUUUUUUUUUUUUAAGCAAGUUCUGUUUUACUAUGAAUAAGUGGUUUAUUUCAAUGCAGGCAAAAUUGUGAAGUUUUAUUGGGAAAGAUAGCAUGCUUUUCAUGUGCAAGUACCUGUCAGUAACAAACCUUUUUUUAUUUAAAUAUUUGUAGCUGCUAUGUGGACAGUUGUUCUAUUAAAUGAAAAAAAUUGUAGUGUGGAUUUUAGCUCAAUGAUUGGAAACCAAGUUACAGACAAACCUUAGCACCAUAAAUUAUUCACAACAUUAUAAACAGUUGUGAGUAAAUACUUCGUGUUAUAAAAGCUGUACAAUAAAAAGGUAAUGUUUGUAUAAUGUGGUUGCAAACUCUUAAUUUAUACUAUUGCACUUUUAGUAUUUUGUACUAGGGAGGUUUGUCUAUAAUUUGAAACUGAACAAAAAUGUAAACUAUUUUAUAAAUAAUACUUUGACGUAAGGAAUAAGGAGGAGGACCCUGUUGCAGUUUCUUGUUUUGUAAGGUCAAACAAUGAGAGAUCUCUAUUAAUUAAGCAGAAAAGUUGCAGAGAACUGUCAGAUCCUUAGGAAAUAUGGGGCCUGCCAUUUCUUAAAAGGAAAUGAUUCUUUUAACUUUUCUACGAAGCCCACUUAAAAGCGUGACCGCCUCCGACAGAAUUCUGAUACAGUUAUCUUAGGAGUGUGAUAUUAAUACAAGUCUAGGAUAGAGGAAGGAGAACAUUGUGUAGGUUUAAUUUUACUGUAAUCUUUUCUGUCUCUUUCACACAUAACCAUGAGAAAGAUACCAACUGCCUAAUAAUAUUAGAACAAAAUAAGAACUUUCAGGCAGCAUGAGCAGUAGUAACAUACGAAUGUUCUGUAUUUAUUUCCAACUCUGUCUGAUUAUCUUUUCAGGUUUCUCCAAAGCACAAUGUACUCUGAUUAAUCAAAUAUAAUUUUAUGUUGAUUGCAUUGUUGAAAUGACACCAAGUAAACAAAGGGAAUGGUUCCACUCAUAAGUUAGGCUGGGGAUGCUGAGGAGACUGGGGCUUAAUCAAAACUUGAACAGUAAAUGUUUUGUGUACUACCUCAUUUUUGUGCAUUACAAGCAUGGUGGAGCUGACACUAUGAACUUCCGUCCAGCAGAAUUGCUUGAGGGACAUUAUGGGUAGCUGGGUAACAGCGCAAGGAGUUUUAUGCCCCUGAAGAACGAAUCAGACAGUGAGGUCUUCUCAGUUGAUACUGAAAAAUAGGACAAUCUUUCUUAUACAACAGAAACCAUUACUGUAAGAGGAUGGACUAUUUCUGCCAUCACAUAAUGGAGUGAAAAGAGGUUCAAAGACUUAGCUGUUUGUUUCUAUUGGAAAUGAACAAUGAACUCUACAGCUCCAUUUUCUACAAUGAUGAGGUAGAGAUAUAUAGAUAUAUGUAUCUCUCUACAUAAUAAAAAUUUUGUGUCUGUAACACCUCUACAAUAUAACAUCAUUUUUUGCCACAGUGUGUGGGUGGUUAGAGGUGUUUCCAAGCAUAAAAAAAAAAAAAAAAAAAAAAACAAAACAAAAAAACAACAAACUGAGGUGGCUUAAUGUUGCUGGAUUUCAGCAAUUGAAUGUUUUUAUUUAUCUGUGUAAUUUUUGGUGUGACUUUUUUUUUUUGUUAGUAUUUGGUACCACCUAGUGUUAUCUCUGUUCCCUAAAGGAUGUGUAUAACUUAAAAAAAAAAAAAGGAAAGAAAAAAAAAAAGAGAAGAAAAAAACAAAAAAGGAAAAAAAGAAAAAUCUGUAAAGUGUUGUAAAUAAGAUGGUUGAUGAUGGUACAGUAAGACUGACCCCAUUUUGUAUUCAGGGUUAGGCCAUUCCUCUCUGCAUGGUGAAGAGAGACACUAUUUUUAUACUGUGAUACCAUGUAGGGCUAGGAGCCUCCCUGAAACAGCUGGGAAUUGUUACCUAGAUCCAAUAUUUUUUAUUAUUAAAUCUUGUUGGCUUGACACAUCUACUGAUUGAAAUGGAUGUCUUAGUCUAGGUUACUAUUUUUGUCAUAUGGAAUUGAAUAAAAUGCAGGAUGUAAUAUUAUUUCUGAAUUGCGUUCCUUGAUUAUUCUAAUAACAGAGCAAGAUAUGAGACUAAGGUCACUUGUGGUAGAUUGGUGUCAAUGACUUCUAAUCAUCGCAUCUGAAACUCAGAAUAAGGUCGACACCUUAUAUUCAAAUGUUUUUCUAAUUUAUAUUAACAGUGCAAAGGGAUAGAAUUAUUAAAACCUCUUUUCCCAUGAAAAUAAAUCAUUAGAGCAUUUAUUGCAAGACAGUAGAACAAAAAAACCCAAAACCACCAAAACAAAAAAAAAAUAAUAUUUUGGAGUGGGGAAAACAGACUUUGGAAGGACUACUCUUUCAAAUUAACUGCUUUCUGAACACUUAUCAUGUAUUCUUUACUGAAAAAGCCUCCUUUUCAGGUUGUUUAAACAUCUGCCUAAUAUCCACGAUAUACUGCACAAUAAAAUCUGGGAACAAAUUUAUCAGGAGCAGUUCAAAUUCUAAAAUAAAACAAAAAGGAAAAAAAUUGACAACUCGCAUCCGUUCAUUCCAAAUGACAUAACCUGUACAUUUAAACCUAUGAUUUUGUUUCAUCUUUUUUUUCAAGACCCUAAUUUCUCAAAGCAUGUCUAACUUUAACCAAAUUAUUUUUUCACGUUGAUUUAAAUGAAAGUAUUUACAUUCUUAAGGUUAGGCAUGUGAUUAAGUAUCUCCUGCAAAAAAAAGUUGUAUGUUCAAGUAACCUUCAAGCUGUUAUAUUCCGAUGUUGGAUGCCUGUUGCAUUUAAAACGGACAAAAGAUAAAUAAAAGAGAAAAAUCUGUAUUAA